CUCCGGAAAAUGGCCGCCGGGCGUGGUACGGGCGCCGCGCUGGUAGCUGCGCGCUCCGGGCGUCGUGUCCUCUGACAAGGUCCGCGGCGCGGCGAGCUGGUUCUGCCGAGCCGGGGGCGCCGUCCUCGGCCAGGCUGUGACACGGUGAAAUAAAGUUGGCUAUAGAUUUCUGUGAAAAUGUCAGUUCUAAUAUCACAGAGUAUUAUAAAUUACGUGGAGGAAGAAAAUAUUCCUGCUCUGAAAGCUCUUCUUGAGAAGUGCAAAGAUGUGAAUGAGAGAAAUGAGUGCGGCCAGACUCCCCUGAUGAUAGCUGCUGAACAGGGCAAUGUGGAAAUAGUGAAAGAGCUGAUUAAGAAUGGAGCCAACUGCAACCUGGAAGAUCUGGAUAACUGGACAGCACUUAUAUCUGCAUCUAAAGAGGGGCACAUCCACAUCGUGGAGGAGCUGCUGAAGUGUGGGGCCAACCUGGAGCACCGUGACAUGGGGGGAUGGACAGCUCUCAUGUGGGCGUGCUACAAAGGCAGGACUGAUGUUGUCCAGUUGCUUCUUUCUCAAGGUGCCAACCCAAGUGUCACUGGUUUGCAGUACAGUGUUUACCCAAUCAUUUGGGCAGCAGGCAGAGGCCAUGCUGACAUAGUACAUCUUCUGCUGCAGAAUGGGGCGAAGGUCAACUGCUCUGACAAGUAUGGAACAACCCCUUUGGUGUGGGCUGCCCGAAAGGGUCAUUUGGAAUGUGUGAAGCAUUUGUUGGCCAUGGGAGCUGAUGUUGAUCAAGAAGGAGCUAAUUCGAUGACUGCACUUAUUGUAGCAGUGAAAGGCGGCUACACAGAGUCAGUGAAAGAGAUUUUGAAGAGGAAUCCGAAUGUAAACCUGACUGAUAAGGACGGAAAUACAGCUUUGAUGAUCGCAUCAAAGGAGGGACAUAUAGAGAUUGUACAGGACCUGCUGGAUGCUGGGACGUAUGUGAACAUACCUGACAGGAGUGGGGACACUGUACUGAUUGGCGCUGUUAGAGGUGGUCACAUUGAGAUUGUUCGAGCACUCCUCCAAAAAUACGCUGAUAUAGACAUCAGAGGGCAGGACAAUAAGACUGCCUUGUAUUGGGCUGUGGAAAAGGGAAACGCAACCAUGGUGAGGGACAUUCUGCAGUGCAAUCCUGACACGGAAAUAUGCACGAAGGAUGGCGAGACGCCACUGAUAAAGGCCACCAAGAUGAGAAAUAUCGAGGUGGUGGAGCUGCUGCUGGAUAAGGGAGCUAAGGUGUCUGCUGCAGACAAGAAAGGGGACACUCCCCUGCACGUUGCCAUCCGGGGGAGGAGCCGGAGACUGGCGGAACUUCUUCUACGGAACCCCAAAGAUGGGCGGCUGCUCUACAGGCCCAACAAAGCCGGCGAGACUCCCUACAACAUCGACUGCAGCCACCAGAAGAGCAUUCUGACCCAGAUAUUCGGAGCCAGACACUUGUCUCCUACGGAAACCGACGGUGACAUGCUGGGUUAUGAUUUGUACAGCAGCGCCCUGGCAGAUAUUCUCAGUGAACCCACCAUGCAGCCGCCCAUUUGUGUGGGCUUGUACGCACAGUGGGGAAGUGGGAAGUCUUUCCUACUCAAGAAACUAGAAGAUGAAAUGAAGACUUUUGCAGGACAGCAGAUCGAGCCCCUUUUCCAGUUCUCAUGGCUCAUAGUUUUCCUCACUCUGCUGCUGUGUGGGGGGCUGGGCCUAGUGUUUGCUUUUACCGUUGACACAAACCUCGCCAUAGCAGUGUCGUUGAGUUUCCUGGCUCUCUUAUAUAUAUUCUUCAUCGUCAUUUACUUUGGUGGACGGCGGGAAGGAGAGAGUUGGAACUGGGCCUGGGCCCUCAGUACCAGACUGGCAAGGCACAUUGGCUAUCUGGAGCUCCUCUUCAGACUGAUGUUUGUGAACCCACCUGAGCUGCCAGAGCAGACUACAAAGGCUUUGCCCGUGAGGUUUUUGUUUACAGAUUACAACAGACUCUCCAGUGUAGGUGGAGAGACUUCCUUGGCUGAGAUGAUCGCAACCCUCUCAGAUGCUUGUGAGAGAGAGUUUGGCUUUUUGGCUACCAGGCUAUUUCGAGUAUUCAAGACUGAAGAUACUCAGGGUAAAAAGAAAUGGAAGAAAACCUGCUGUCUCCCAUCUUUUAUCAUCUUUCUUUUCAUCGUGGGCUGCAUUAUUGCUGGAAUUACUCUUUUGGCUAUAUUCAGAAUUGACCCCAAGCAUCUGACCGUGAACGCUGUCCUCAUAUCCAUCGCAUCUGUCGUGGGCUUGGCCUUUGUGCUCAACUGCCGCACAUGGUGGCAAGUGCUGGACUCUCUCCUGAACUCACAGCGGAAACGCCUCCACAGCGCCGCCUCCAGACUGCAUAAACUGAAGAGUGAAGGGUUCAUGAAGGUCCUCAAGUGUGAAGUGGAGUUGAUGGCCAGGAUGGCAAAAACCAUUGACAGCUUCACUCAGAAUCAGACAAGGCUGGUGGUCAUCAUCGAUGGCCUGGAUGCCUGUGAGCAGGACAAGGUCCUUCAGAUGCUGGACACUGUCCGAGUUCUGUUUUCAAAAGGCCCGUUUAUCGCCAUUUUUGCAAGUGAUCCUCAUAUUAUUAUAAAGGCCAUCAACCAGAACCUGAACAGUGUGCUUCGUGAUUCAAAUAUAAAUGGACAUGACUAUAUGCGCAAUAUAGUUCAUUUACCGGUUUUCCUUAAUAGCCGUGGGCUUAGCAGUGCAAGAAAAUUUCUUGUAACUUCAGCAACAAAUGGGGACAUUUCAUGCCCAGAUGCCACGGGGCUGCAGGAGGAUGCUGACCGAAGAGUGUCACAGAACAGCCUUGGGGAAUUGACAAAGCUUGGGAGCAAAACAGCUCUCAACAGAAGGGAUACUUACCGCAGAAGACAGAUGCAGAGGACCAUCACCCGGCAGAUGUCCUUUGAUCUCACGAAGCUGCUGGUCACUGAGGAUUGGUUCAGUGACAUCAGUCCUCAGACCAUGAGACGAUUACUCAAUAUUGUUUCUGUGACAGGGCGGUUACUGAGAGCCAAUCAGAUCACCUUCAACUGGGACAGGCUAGCCAGCUGGAUCAACCUUACCGAGCAGUGGCCUUACCGGACUUCGUGGCUCAUACUGUAUCUGGAAGAGACUGAAGGUAUCCCGGAUCAGAUGACCUUAAAGACCAUCUAUGAGAGAAUAUCAAAGAAUAUUCCAACAACUAAAGAUGUUGAGCCACUGCUUGAAAUUGAUGGAGACAUACGGAAUUUUGAAGUGUUUCUGUCUUCAAGAACCCCAGUACUUGUGGCUCGAGAUGUAAAGACCUUUUUGCCUUGCACCGUAAACCUGGAUCCCAAACUCCGGGAGAUCAUUGCAGACGUUCGAGCUGCAAGAGAACAGAUCAACUUAGGAGGCCUUGCGUAUCCCCCGCUCCCUCUGCAUGAAGCCCCUCCUCGGCCACCUUCUGGGUACAGUCAGCCUGCAUCGGUCUGCUCCUCCUCAGCAUCCUUCAACGGGCCGUUCCCGAGUGGGGUUGUGUCUCCUCAACCGCACAGCAGCUAUUACAGCGGCCUGUCUGGCCCCCAGCACCCCUUCUACAACAGGCCAUUCUUUGCCCCAUACCUUUACACGCCAAGGUAUUACCCUGGCGGUUCCCAACAUCUCAUCCCACGUUCAUCAGUAAAAACGAGUUUGCCCAGAGAUCAGAACAAUGGCCUACCGUGUGACUCUGGGUUUAACAAACAAAGACAGGGAUCAGCCCCCACCGCAUGUACAGCACUGUUACUGAGCUCCAUGACCGUGGAUGUCGUUUCUGAGAAACUGAGACAAAUCGAAGGCCUGGACCAGACCAUGCUGCCUCAGUAUUGCGCAACAAUCAAAAAGGCAAACAUAAAUGGCCGGGUCUUGGCUCAGUGCAGUGUUGACGAGCUGAAGAAAGAGAUGAAUAUGAACUUUGGAGACUGGCAUCUCUUCAGAAGCAUGGUCUUGGAAAUGAGAAGUGUGGAAAACCAGGUGGUCCCUGAAGACCCUCGUUUUCUCAAUGAAAAUUCCAGCGCCCCAGUCCCUCACGGGGAAUCUGCUCGCCGUGCUUCUCACAGUGAACUGCCUCACACAGAGCUCUCCAGCCAGACUCCCUACACCCUGAACUUCAGCUUUGAAGAGCUGAACACACUGGGCUUAGAGGAGGGUGCCCCACGGCACAGUAACCUGAGUUGGCAGUCACAAACUCGCAGAACCCCAAGUCUCUCGAGUCUCAAUUCCCAGGAUUCCAGUAUUGAAAUUUCAAAGCUUACUGAUAAGGUGCAGGCCGAAUAUAGAGAUGCCUAUAGAGAGUACAUUGCUCAGAUGUCCCAGCUAGAAGGGGGCACAGGGUCGUCAACAAUAAGUGGCAGAUCUUCUCCACACAGUACAUACUACAUAGGUCAGAGUUCUUCAGGGGGCUCCAUCCAUUCUACUCUAGAGCAGGAGAGGGGGAAGGAGGGUGAGCUGAAGCAGGAGGAUGGGCGGAAGUCAUUCCUAAUGAAGAGGGGGGAUGUCAUAGAUUACUCCUCCUCAGGGGUGUCUACUAGUGAUGCCUCACCCCUGGACCCCAUUACUGAAGAAGAUGAGAAAUCGGACCAGUCAGGUAGUAAGUUGCUCCCAGGCAAGAAAUCCUCAGAACGGCCCAGUCUCUUCCAGACAGACUUGAAGCUUAAGGGAGGUGGUCUGCGCUACCAGAAACUGCCCAGUGACGAAGAUGAGUCUGGUCCCGAAGAGUCAGAUAAUACCCCACUGCUCAAAGAUGACAAGGAUAAAAAAGCCGAAGGCAAAGCAGAGAGAAUGUCCAAGUCUCCAGAACACAGUGCUGAGCCAAUCCGGACAUUCAUUAAAGCAAAGGAGUAUUUGUCGGAUGCCCUCCUAGACAAAAAAGAUUCCUCCGACUCGGGAGUGAGGUCCAACGAGAGCUCCCCCAACCACUCUCUUCACAACGAGACGGCAGACGACCCCCAGCUGGAAAAGGCAAAUCUCAUAGAGCUCGAAGACGAUGGCCACAGUGGGAAGCGUGGGAUGCCACACAGUCUGAGUGGCCUGCAAGAUCCAGUUAUAGCUCGGAUGUCCAUUUGCUCAGAAGACAAGAAAAGCCCUUCCGAGUGCAGCCUGCUUGCUAGCAGCCCUGAAGAAAGCUGGCCCGCCUGCCAGAAGGCCUAUAAUCUGAACCGAACACCCAGUACCGUGACUCUCAACAACAACACUGCACCUGCUAACAGAGCCAACCAAAACUUUGAGGAGAGGGAGGGAGGCAGGGAGACUUCUCAGGUCAUUCUGAGGCCUGGGCCCAGUCCCAACCCAACUGCUGUUCAGAAUGAAAAUCUGAAGAGCAUGUCGCACAAGCGAAGCCAGCGUUCCAGUUACACAAGGCUCUCGAAAGAUGCGUCUGAGCUGCAUGCAGCCUCCUCGGAGAGCACGGGCUUUGGAGAAGAGAGAGAAAGCAUUCUCUGAGGAAAAGAGAAGUGAAGUAGCGUUGUCCUACCCUAAGGACGGGACUGUCAUGAACUUGAAAUUGAUCUGUCACCAUUCUCCAUCAUGUCCAUGCAUCACAGAUAACUGAUAGGUGGUCAGGCACCUGGGGAAGCACACGCCCUCUGCACAGCAGAGGGAAGCCUGAGACGGGAAGGCCACCAGUCAUCUCCAUUAGCGCCUGCAUCAUGGGCAGUUUAAAGUCCCACCACCACCACGGUGCCCUUCCCUGGCACACAACUGCACAGAUUGAGGAGAAACAGGCUGAAUAUAAAAAUAGGUCAGAAGUGUAUUUAAAGCUGAAAGUCUUAAAUCACAAGGAAAAAAACCUCGAGAUCUCCUUUAUAAAAUAUUCAUGAAACAUUUGAGGGAAGCUAGAGUGCUAGAUGAAGCGGAAACCAGUGUCACUGUUAGAGUUUAAUCUCAGUACAGAUUUAUAGGUUUUAGAGUAGAGACCAGAGACUGAGUGAAUGCCUAGCAAGUGGAUAGCCAGGGUACUAUAUAAGACUCACUGCUUUUUAAAGAGCUCUUAGAAUUUAAGUAGAAAAUACACACUGAAGAGAGUGAUAAAAGCUGAUAAGAAAGUGAGUCAGCGGAACCCAAAGCAGUGGCCUGGGCCGUGGUGAGUCGUUAGCAGAGGAGCUGGAGGAGGGCAGUGUAUUCCUGGGAUGCUCUCCAGACCAGGCCUCUGCC